CUUGGACUCUUCGCGAAGUUGCAAGGUUCUGGGCUUCGAUUUUUUUUCUUCUCCUUUGAUGUUUACGUGGCAGUGAAGUGCGCAGUGGUGUUGUUGUUGCGUGUACACACAGAGUGAGAAAGCCACACGAGAGAGCACAUCAUCGAGAAGCCUCGUACCGUUAGCACAAUGUGCGACGUGGGCGAGACGCGGGUACUGCCCAGCGUAGGAACGACGGCUGCUCUGCUCGCGAAGCUCAGGAGGCCGAGCUGCGACGAGCAAAAGGUUGACAAGGCCUGCAACAACGGCAAGAUUGGCCUCCGCGCCGACGAUAACGAGCCGGCUUGUCCGUCGCGCUCGACGCCCAACACCCCAACGAGCCUCAGAAAAGACGCCAGUCUUGAGAAGUGCUUCAGUGAUCCGGAGUUCUUCAGGAAACAGCGCCAACGCCAGCAACAGCAGAGACUCGGAACCCAUACCACCAGUACAACCAGUACCGGUGCCGAUCAACGCUCGACCAGUUCGAGUCGCGAGUCCGAGCUCGCGUCCAGUGAACCCGCGAUUACGAGACACAACCAACACACAGAGUGCAGCGGCAAUAAACUUGAUGCUGAGGCGCCUCCGGCUGAUACGGGCAUCGAUAAAAUCGAGGUGAUUACGAACGGCGCGACCAGAGGCUGCAGCGACAACGACGAGUGCGACGGUCCGACGAACGGAAAGGAUAUAAUGGCACCAGUUCUGGGUAUCCCACCGCCGCCACCACCUGCGCCGCACAUGGGUCCAGAUGGCCUGAUUCUGCCCCGAAAGCCGUACAAUCCGUGCGUGAUCUCGACCAGCCACAAAGAACUGCACAGGGAACUCUUGUUCAACCAAAAAAUCGGCAAAAACGUUCUCAACCAAAAGAGCGAGCUGCAGCGAGCGCUGGAGAGACACAGGGAAAUGGCCUCGCGCAAAGAGGCCGAGCGCGUACAGGAGGAGUCUUGCAAAAACGAUCCACGAACGGCCCUACAACGGGCCAUCGAACAGAGAGCGAAGCACAUACAGCAAUCGCAACAGCACCAGCAAACGGAGCCGCCUAAUCCCUUGGUGACCGCGAGGGCGAAAUUACGAUCGCGCACAGAGUCCCAGUGAGGCGAAAACCUAUAGUACCUACACAAUAUGUACUGGAACAUCUGAACUUUAUGCGUUUUAUCACCUAAACACCCCAAUGUGCACGCACGCGCGAUGAAUGAGUAUUAGACCCUGCAUACAUUAUUGGAUUCAUUGGGUUUACAGAGAUAAAAGAAAGCAUGGAAAAAAAGUAGUAAAAUCCUAAAAUGUUUCUUUUAGUUUUUUGUGUUUGACACGUGAGAUAAAAAAAAAA